ACAGUAUAAUCCAAGUGGUUGAGAGGCAAAGAGGCAAAGAGGAGGCUACUUGGUCGCAGGGUCAUUAGGUAGGUAGCAGUAGGCUAGUUGCAAAAAGCAGGUUGUUGUACAGUACAGUGGGCGUUGUUCGCGAUGCUGCAUGGGGGAACCCCGCGUUCAGGUGGGGGGAGUCUUACUGUACCUAGGCACUGUGUUGUGGGAGCGCUCUCGCACCAUAUUCAUCUCAAAGGUACAGGGAUGAGAACGAGAAUGAUGAUGAUGACGAUGAUGUUGGUGUUUGUUGUGUUGUCCGAUUUGGCACUACUACUGCACGAAUGCAGGUUGCAAGGCCGGUUCCUGAUGUCGCGGCGGGCGGCUGAGGGGCCAAGCAGCAGCAAGCCCCCCAGUGCCUAAGCGUGGCUGCGUCAGAGAGCUGUCGACGCCUGUUUGUCUUGUAUAUUUCUCACAUGUCUCGACUUGCCCCAGCUGUAAACUUCAACCAUCCUGUAAAGGUCGAGCUGACAUGUGAGGAGAG